AUGAAGGAAGAAGGUUUAUUGCCAACAUACCCAAUGGAAAAGGCGGAACGAACGACACAAAUAGUCUGUUUCUAUCGGCGUGUUGACGAGUUUGGGUCCUUAUUUAAGAGGAAGUAUUUCACUGACAAGAGUGUGAGUGUUGGGAAGGGGUACGAAGUGAUGGACAAAUGCGACGAGAGUGGUUGCUUGUUACUUCGUGAUGUCGACCGAGUAGUGUUUACGACUGUCACGACAUCGAUAGAACUUCGAUCGACGGAUGUAGUAACCCUUGGGAGGACUGUGAAGUAUGAAAUGAAUGUAGUGAGUGGGGAGAAGUACAACAAAGGGAUAGAAUUUCGGGAACAAUUACUUCCUAAUGGACAUAUAGGGAGUGGAAGUUUCUCGCAUGUGAUGUUAACAUAUAAUCGUGUUGAUGGGAAACAGUAUGCAGUGAAGCACUUGAAAGAGGGGAUGGAAAAGACGUAUGGGAAGAAGUUCAAAGGAGAAAUUGAAGUGAUGAAGACAUUAGGCAAACACGCCCAUAUGAUAGGAUAUGUCACCGACUUUCAAACGGAGAACAUUCAAUACUUAGUUAUGGAAUAUGUAGAAUACCCCCUCCUUGGCUAUAUCUCUCAACAGGAAAGAAUAGGGAAAUAUGUCCACCACGCGGUGUGCCGGAAGGUAUUAGAAGACAUCGCUGGUGGAGUAGUGUAUUUGGAGAAGAUGAAAUACAUCCACCGAGACAUCAAAUGUGGGAACGUCUUAGUCAGUUCUGAUUUUCAAUGCAAAAUUGGGGACUUUGGGUUGUGCAUAAAAGAGUGCGAUGCUCAGAGUCAAUUCAAUUCGAUAGGUGGAGUUGGAACAGUCGAUUACUUAGCACCGGAAGUCAGAAGUACACCGGCGAAGUAUUCGUAUAAAAGUGAUGUAUGGAGUGUUGGGUGUGUGUUGUGGUGUGUAUUGAAUGGGCGAGAGAUGAAGGAGUAUCGAGCAAAGUAUUUUGAGGAAUUACCAGCAAUGAGUGAAUAUGCCCAAUUGGGGAAUUGUGGGGGGAUGAUGUUAGAAGAGAAUUACGAGAAGAGAUUGACUAUGAAGAAAAUGGUUGACAUCGGGUUCAUCAAAAUUUCAAAAAGUGAAGAAGACGAUGGGACAAUAAAGAGAGAGAUAUUCACACAACCACAUUUUAUCCAAUCACCAAAGAAAAAGGAAAAAAGAGAGAAAGACUCGAAAAAAAUUCAAGCAAAUGCAAUGGAACUCGAACAAAUAAAAGUCGAACAAAAAAAACUCAAAAGAAAAGAAGAAAAACACAAACGGGAACAUAAAAAGGGUGGCGAAAUUAGGUACACGCCACUCUUCACAAAACAAUCUGCGAAAAAGUAA